CGAUCUUGCAUGGACGCCGACUCGGUCGGCGCCUGCUGCAAGCGCGAGCUGUGGGAAGUCGCCAAGGCGCUCCUCAAGGCCGGCGCGAAUAUCCACGAGACCUACGGCAUCUACCAAUGGACCGCUUUGCACUAUGCGGCCAUGCACGGCAGCCUCGACAUGUGCAAGUUCAUUCUUGCGCGACAAGGCUCGGUCCACGCAUCGGCCAAGGACGGCACGACGCCGCUGCAUCUCGCAGUCGCCCACCGCCACCGCGCCGUCGUGCUCUUCCUCGUGUCGGCGGGUGCCAAUAUCGCGGCCUGUGACAAGAAAGAUCGGCCGCCCUUUCUGCAAGCGCCGUGGCACGAGAUCGUGUUCCCGUGUCUUGUUGCACCGCUGCAUGCGACGAUCGUCGGCAGCAUUGAGAAAAGCGCGCUGCUCCAGAACGCCAACGCGACCGCGUCGCAUGCGCUGGCGACGCUCAUGCGCCAGCUCGAGGCGCAAGCGCACGCCAACUUUCAGGCGCGGACGCAGCUGUACGACCGGCGCAAAUUUCGACACUUGUCGAAAGAUGUGUGUGCGAAUCUGGCAGCCGAGAUUGCAUCGACGCGCGAGAGCAUCCGGCAGUCGCAAGCCGCCAUCGCUGCGCUCGAAUUGCAAGCGACGGAGCGCGCUGCGCUGCUUGUCGAAACCGAGGCCGCGAUCCUCGACCAAGGCGACGAGCACACUCGCGUCCUGGAUGCGAUCAACCGUACCAAGGACGAAAUUACGGUGGUCGAAGGCAAGAUUACCGCCAUCACGACACGCAGUUUAGAAAAAUACGAAGCGAUCAAAUCCAUGGCGCUCUUCCCGCAGUCGGAGCAACUCAUGGAACAGUCGUGCCAAGCCCUCGUGCGCCUUGUGCCUAGCGACGAAAACCGACACAAGCUGCUCGUGAACGGACUCUGCCCGACGUGGCUGCACAUCAUGGAGCGACAUGCAUCCAACGUCCGUAUCCAAGCCAACGGCGUCACCUUGCUACUGCUACUGCUGGAGAAGACAGGGUCACUGCCACUCGAGCAGCUCGCACAAUCCAUCGAUUGCAUCGCCCAUGCGCUAGUCACCCUCCGAAGUUAUACCACGUUGGACUAUGGACAGACCAUCGACCUCGACGGUCUUCAGCGCCUUCUAGCCUUUGCGACUGCCGAGGCCAGCGACGGUACAUACGCUGCAGUCAUUACGGCGUCGUAA